AUGGCUUGCAUCCUGUUGAUAUUCUCUGUGUUUGCCCAGGUUGUUUCCACAAGCACAUUCAGCUUCUCCAGAGAAAGCCCAGAUGACCUCAAAGCGCUGCGAGUCUCCAUUUCCAGAUAUCCACCGGUACGAGCUGUGCUCUCUGGCAGCCUUACCAUCCCUUGCCAUGUUACUUAUUUGCACCCACUGCCCACUUCUGGAACUGCAGGGCGCCGGGCUGUCCAGGGGGCACCUCGUGUGAAAUGGACCUUCAUCACAGAAGGCAGGGAAGCUGAGAUCCUGGUGGCUCGGGGCCUGAAAGUGAAGGUAAAUGAAGCUUACCGCGACCGAGUCUCCCUACCGUUCUAUCCGGAUUCACCUACAGAUGCUACCUUGGUCUUGACUGAACUGCGAUCCAAUGAUUCUGGGGUCUACCGCUGUGAUGUGCAACAUGGGAUUGAGGAUGGCCAUGAUCUUCUAGAGGUGAAGGUGAAAGGAGUUGUGUUUCUUUACCGAGAAGGCACUUCCCGCUAUGCAUACACCUUUGCCAAGGCCCAAGAAGCUUGUGCGAGAAUAGAUGCUGAGAUUGCAACCCCAGAACAGCUCUAUGCUGCCUACCUCAGCGGCUAUGAGCAGUGCGAUGCAGGCUGGAUUGCAGACCAAACUGUCAGAUACCCUAUACAGAUCCCUCGUGAAGCGUGUUAUGGGGACAUGGACGGGUUCCCUGGAGUUCGUAACUAUGGUGUAGUGGACCCAGAAGAUAUGUAUGAUGUAUAUUGCUACGCAGAAGAACUGUAUGGAGAGCUGUUUGUGGUGAGCUCUCAAGAGAAAUUCACUUGGGAAGAGGCCAAAGAUGAGUGUCAGUCUCUGGGAGCGGAGAUAGCAACAACGGGCCAACUGUAUGCAGCAUGGAAUGAGGGGCUGGACCACUGCAACCCUGGCUGGUUGGAAGAUGGGAGUGUGCGCUACCCCAUUGUGACCCCACGAGAGAAGUGUGGGGGGAAUGUGCCAGGGGUCAAGACCAUCUUCCUCUUUCGCAAUCAAACUGGGUUUCCAGAUCCCCACAGCAAAUAUGACGUGUACUGUUUUAGAGAGACAAGCCCCUUCUCUGAGUCUCCAGUCCCCGAGGCAGAGGGCAGCAAGGUGAUUGUGACUGUGACAGAAAAGAUGGAAGAGCUGCAGCUGCCCCAAGCGGAGCAUGGGGUGGCGAAGGAAUCCAGAGGCGCCAUCUACUCCGUGCCCAUUUUAGAGGACAUCCUUGAGGCUCAGCAGCCAAGCAGUACCCCUGAAGAGGCAGCGCUUGCCCCCGAGGCCCCACCAGGGCCCAAGGCAGGUGAAGCAGCAGAGGCUGACUCCAAAGAAGCCUUGAGUAUUGAAGACAAUCAGAUGUUGAAUCCAGGCUUGCAGGUUGAAGAGGAACCUGAUGAUGGGCACAAUCUACUCCAUCCUUCAGAAGCCAUUCUAAGGGAGGCCGAGUCAGACAGGGAAGAUUCCGUAAUCGAACAUCAGUCUCAGGCGUGGCCCAAAAUCUCUCCAGAGUUCAGCAAGUCAAAGGACAAGAAGAAACCCCACAGCGUAGCAGAUCCUGCCCCUGCCCCAUCUCAGCAGCAUGGAAGGGAAAGGGCCACAGAAAAUGGCUCAUCUGAUAACUUAGAUACUCAUGAAGCAAGUAGUGGGGCAGGAUCUUCCGACGGGGUGCACAAGGCAUCAUCUUCAUCUGCUUCUGAGAUUGUGGCUGAGGAAAAGGUCAUCCCUCUGGAACAGGUAGAACGUAAUGCCAGUUUUAGUGAUCUGGAAGAAUCCGGUUUUCCCCAUCAGCCUGAAGAUUCAGGGUUGCCUGACAUCUCUGCAACAGUCACUAACCCAGAUGCAAGUCAGAAGGCCAAACAGCCCCAUCCGACCCCACAAAGUGGGCUCAUGUCUGGACUUACAAACACCCCUUCCCUCAGCCAUCCUGGUGAAUCAGGAGAUGCAGAAUUUUCAGGGGCUGUGCCUCUGGGGACAGCCACACCCAUGGAGAUGACACCAACAGGGGACACAUUGUUAUCCUUGCCCCUCAAUACCAUGACUGCCAGUCUUCAAGAAGACAGCGAGGAGCACUCUGGGUCUGUGUGGCUUUCACCCACCAUUGCCACUUCCAGUCCUGAGGAGACAACAGCCAGUUUUGAGUUGGGACACCCCAUUGACAUCCAUCUCCCUUGGGAGGAGCAUGAGACGGAAGAGGCCACUGAGAUGUAUGAUGUAAGCACUAAGACAGAUCCAAGCACAGAUGAAUCUGAUGAAGAAACAGACACCCUUACGACAAUCACGAAGGCCAUGGUGGACUCAUUGCCAACUGAAGGACCAGGAGAACAUGAUGGACAUGAAGAAGUGACCACCUCCCUCACAGAGGGUGUCUCUGAAGGUUCAACAUUUAUGGGCACUCCAUUUACCCAGCCCUCCUUGACCACUGCCCACCCUCUGCCCAUCCUGCCCACCGAAAGCGCCAGCCUCGGAGCAGGUGCGAACAUUUCAGGUGACUGCAUCCCAAACCCUUGUAUGAAUGGAGGCACCUGCAUGGAAGAGGGAGACCACUUUGUGUGUCUCUGCCUGCCAGGAUACGGAGGAGAUGCUUGUCAGAUUGACCUAGAGAAAUGCAAGCCAGGCUGGGACAGCUUCCAAGGCUUUUGCUACAAGCACUUCUCCACCCGGCGGAGCUGGGAAGAUGCCGAGACCCAGUGCAGGAACCAUGGAGGGCACCUUGCUAAUAUUAUGACACCCGAAGAGCAGAGCUUCAUUAAUGAUCAAUACAAGGAGUACCAGUGGAUAGGCCUGAACGACCGAACAAUUGAAGGGGAUUUCCAGUGGUCGGAUGGAAGCCCUGUGCUUUAUGAGAACUGGCAUCCUGGGCAGCCUGACAGCUAUUUCCUCUCUGGAGAGAACUGCGUGGUGAUCGUGUGGCAUGACGAGGGGAAAUGGAGCGAUGUGCCUUGUAACUACCACCUGUCUUACACCUGCAAAAUGGGACUGGUGUCUUGCAGCUUACCCCCAGAGGUGGCAAAUGCCCAAAUAUUCGGCAAACCAAAGCAACGUUAUGAAAUCAAUUCCGUCCUCCGGUACUGGUGUCAAGAAGGUUUCACCCAACAUCACUCACCUGUCAUCAGAUGCCAAGAGGACGGCCAGUGGGAACAGCCCCAGUUCACCUGUAUCCCAAGGAUAAGCCAGUUCCAGGACUGAAGAGCUAUCUGAAACUGUCCGUCAUCCCCGAUUCGCAAUCCAGGUCAGGAGCGUGGACAAACCAGCAGGAAAUGACAAUGGUGCCUUACGCCCUCCCUUACUCUUUUUUAUUAUGUGUAUAUAUAAAGAAAUUCUAAUUACUAAAUAUGUCCUUUUAAAAAACACAACUUCUCAGCGGCAAGAUAAAAUAUAACUUUUUACUUUG